AAAGUACAAACCUGGUAAAAGUAAACAAUAUGGCCGGUGUACGCGGUACAUUGGUACGAGGAGAUGGCUCUGCCUAAUAAAUCAAUAUUUCAACUAUGAACAUCGUAAUAUUAUAUAGAGAUAUGUUAUUUAAAUAUACAGAUUAAUUAAUCUCUCCGUCAAAAUCCAAUUCUCCGCGUUAUAAUGUCGUCGGAGAAGGUCCUCUAUCGACUGGACCAACCUCACGGCAUCGGCAGUGUUUAUAUUUCUUGGCGUCCUGGAAAUAGUACACAUCUAGCCACAACGGGUUGUGAUUGUACAGUUGCCAUUUUUGAUAGACAAGGAGAUAUUCAGGAACGGAUACCAAUUUCUGGAUUAUGCACUGGCUUUGGUUGGGAUUCUGAUGGAGAUCUGUUGGCAAUAAUAUCGCAGAAUUCAUCAGUUAUAGUCUUAUGGGAUGCCACAACCGGCAAAAAGUCUCAGAUAGAUGCGGGUGUAAGAGAUGGAUUGACCUGUAUGAUGUGGGCGAAGAAGAGCUGCUUGCUAGCAGUAGGGACGCAGAAGGGAAAUCUGGUGCUUUACGAUCACAUAAAUGCAAAACGGAUACCUAUUUUGGGAAAACAUAAAAAGCGUAUCUUGUGUGGCGCAUGGUCGAUAGAUGGUCUUCUAGCUUUGGCAAGUGAGGACAAAGUUUUAACCAUUAGCACAAGCGAAGGAGAUACCCGCCGAGAAGCUCUUCAGGGUGAUCCGUCUCAUAUACAGUUUAGUGAAAUGAAGAUGGAUCACAGGAUAGGUGGAGAAAACACGGUAUCUCUUAUCGUCAGCAAAACGACUUUGUUUUUAUACAACAUUUUGGACCCAGAAAAUCCUAUUGAAUUGGCCUUUCAGAAACGUUAUGGAUCAAUUGUAACUUACAAAUGGUAUGGUGAUGGCUAUAUAUUGGUAGGAUUCGAAGGUGGUUAUUUUAUAGCAAUAUCAACACAUAUAAAGGAAGUUGGCCAAGAAUUGUUUCAAAUUAAGAACCAUAGAGAUACUUUGGCAGAUAUUGCAUUGAGUCAAAUGGCCGGAAAAGUAGCUACUUGUGGUGAUAAUACAUUAAAAGUACAUAGUUUGCAGAAUCUCGAGGAAACCGACACAAUGAUUACGGUGGCCGGCGAAAAUGGAAUUAGCAGUAUUGAAUGGUCGCCGGACGGAACAAUGCUGGCAGUUGUGACUUAUGUUGGCAAUAUAUUGAUAUAUUUGAUAGAAAUACCAAAAUUAACCAGUGUUUGUGGUAACAGGAUAGCAUUAUUAACGAGUCUGAUGGAAGUAGCUGUACAUCUUUAUAUAUUGGACAAGGAGAAACCAAGUCCACAAAUAAUUAACACUAUAAUAGAACCAACGAUAUUAGCAGUGGGUCCAGUACAUUUAGCAGUAGGAUUAAACAAUAGAGCUCUUUUUUGGGAUUUGUCUCUAAAUCAUUAUGACAGGAUACAUUUUGAGAGAGAUUAUUUGGCGACGAUUGAUAGUAUGCGUUUAAACGAGAGAUAUGUAUCUACAUUAUUCGAUGGAAAACUGCAGUUGCAUUCGAUUAAGUCUGAUGAAGCAUUGAUAAAUAGUGAUAAAGAUACAAAAAUGUUCCCAGAUUCAAACUCUCAUAGUAGAAUAACAUGUCACGCUCUUUGUCCGGAUUUUUUGAUUUAUGGUAAUGAUAUGGGUCAUAUUGUAUACUUUUACUUGGAAACGUUUAAUCAAUGUACCGAAUUUAUACAUAACAAUGGAAUAAAAGAGUUAUAUUUGGAUGCAAAUGGAACACAAUUGUGUUUUGUUGACAAUAAGUCUGAUGCUUAUGUAUUUGACCCGAUAAAUGAAGUGGCCAUUGCAGUGCCUGAUUGUCCUGAUAACAUUGAUUGUAUUCUCUGGGAUCAGAAUAUAUUCGAACGUGCUAUAUUUGCUAUAUACAACAAAAGCAUUAUUGUAACAUACAGUUUUGUAAAAUACUUUGUUGAGGGUACUAAAGUAGUGAAAAUAAAUACAACAAAGUUGCCAUCAGACUCAGUGCCUUUACUGAUGUAUUCCGGAGAAGUUACAUUAAGUACAAUAGGUAGCAAAUUAAUACAAAUAACAUUAGCCUCUCAUGAAGAGAUAGGGAAUAUUGUGGAAACAAAAAAAAUUAAUGAAAUUUUAAAUAAUCAGCUUCUGUGUAGACGAUUUCAACAAGCUUGGAAUAGUUGUGAGAAAAUAAACGAAAAAGAUGCAUGGCUAAAAUUGGGGCAAAGUGCUAUUGCAAAUUUAAAUGUCGAAUUUGCCAUUCGCGUAUAUAGACACAUAGAAGAUGCCUCAAUGGUAUGGACAUUACAAAAUAUGGAAUAUAUAGACGAACUAGCAUUGUUAUGUGGCCAUGCUUGUAUAUUAUUAGGAAAUUAUAACGAAGCUGAAAAAUAUUUUCUACAAUCUUCCGAACCCGUACAAGCCUUGUAUCUAAGGAGAGAUUUAAUGCAGUGGGAACAAGCAUUGAGCUUAGCACAGAAGUUAAAACCUGACGAAAUCCCUUUUAUUGCUAAAGAAUACGCUCAACAAUUGGAGUUCACAGGAAACUAUCCAAAAGCUUUGACAAACUACGAACGCGGUCUUAUCGACUCCAAUAUUUCGUCAGUUUUGACUAUGCAAAAUCCUCAUCAUCGAAAUCAAUGUUUAGCGGGAAUAGCAAGAAUGUCUAUAAGAUGCGGUGAUAGCAGAAAAGGUGUUGGAAUAGCCAUGGAUAAUGAAAGUUCAAGAUUACUAAGAAAGGAAUGCGCAGAGAUUUUAGAAUCGAUGAAGCAAUUUAGCGAAGCUGCGCAAUUAUACGAGAAGGCUGAAUAUUUUGAUAAAGCUGCCUCUGCAUAUAUAAAGUUAAAAAACUGGCACAAAGUGGGACAACUUCUGCCACAAAUAUCGUCGGCAAAAAUUAACAUACAAUAUGCAAAAGCCAAAGAGUCAGAAGGUAAAUAUGAGGAAGCUGCCAAAGCAUAUGAAACUGCAAAGGAUUAUGAUAACAUAAUCAGAAUUAAUCUGGAACAUUUAAAUAAUCCUGCUCGUAGCGUUGAAGUUGUUCAAGAAACUAAAAGUAUAGAAGGAGCAAGAAUGGUUGCAAGAUAUUUUCAAAAGAUGAAUGAUUAUAAUUCGGCUAUUAAAUUCCUAAUUUUAUCGAAUUGUCACGACGAAGCUUUUCAAUUAGCUAAUCAACAUGGUAUGGAAUUGUACGGAGAGAUUUUGGUGAACACGAUUGAUGACACUAAUGUUCGUAAGGAAGAUUUUAGAAGUCUUGCUAUGCAUUUUGAAUCACAAAAAAACAAUCUUUUAGCUGGAAAGUAUUAUUUUCACGCUAAAGAAUAUCAGAAAGCUUUGCGACAUUUAUUAAAAGCUGUACAAUUGGUUCCGAAUGAUGACAGAGCAAUCACUUAUGCCAUAGAUACUGUUGCAUCCUCUAAGGAUGAUAAAUUAGCUAAUCAAUUAAUAGAUUUCUUACUAGGUAGCGAUGGAUUACCAAAGGAUCCAAAAUAUUUGUUUCGAUUAUACAUGGCUAGAAAACAAUAUAAAGAAGCAGCUAAAACAGCGAUUAUAAUUGCAAACGAGGAACAAAUUAAUGGCAACUAUAGAAACGCUCACGAUGUUCUAUUUGGAAUGUACCAAGAAUUGAAGAGAAACAAAAUCACAAUACCUUUAGAGAUGCAGGCUAAUUUAAGACUUUUGCAUUCUUAUAUUCUAGUGAGAUUACACGUGAAAAGAAGCGAUCAUUUACGAGGUGCUCGGAUGUUGAUCAGAGUAGCUAACAAUAUAUCGAAAUUUCCCUCACAUAUCGUACCGAUAUUAACUUCAACUGUAAUAGAAUGUCAUAGAGCAGGAUUGAAAAACGCAGCUUUUAAUUUUGCUGCUAUGCUGAUGCGUCCUGAAUAUCGGGGACAGAUAGAUGCAAAGUACAGCAAAAAGAUUGAGGCAAUCGUGAGGAAAGCACCGAGAACGAAAGAUAUCGAAAAUGACGAUGAACCUUUGACACCAUGUCCAUAUUGCAAGAGUAGAGUUCCCGAGACUAAAGUAACCUGUGAUAAAUGUAAAAACACCAUACCUUUUUGUAUUGCAACGGGACGACAUAUUGUGGAGGAUGAUUUCUCAGUAUGUCCCCAGUGUGAUUUUCCAGCCAUCAGAAGUGAAUUUCUAAGGAUUAUCGAAUCUGAAGAGACUUGUCCAAUGUGCUCCGAGAGAGUUAAUUCUGAAACUGUAUCGUCCAUUACCGAUAUCCGUCCAUAUCUUGAUUAUCAAGAUUAAAAGAAGGCGUAAUUUUUACAUAUUUAAACAUAGAGGGUACAUUUUUAUUAAUGUACGAGAGACAGCUUAUAGUUGACACAAACUAGGGAACAAAUAUUUUAUAGAUAUAUUUGCAUCUACUUAUUGCACGAAUCAGAGAUGCAUUGUUAUCAUGUCUUAGACGAAUACGACUUAAUCACGAGUGCAAUUUAAAUUUGCAAAUAAUAGGGAUAGUAAAUAGUGAAUAUAUUCCGAUUGAGUUGGAAAAGCGUCAGUAUUCGCGAUGCAACAGUGCCGUCCAUUAAGUACAAUUAUUCGAGUACAAGUAGAUUAGUAAUUAAUAUAAAUAUACAUAUAGGAAAAACCAGUGUUAUAUUAGCUAUGCGAGCUAUGCGUUUUAAUAUAGAUAUAAUUGCCAUAAAUAAAAUGAUUGACAGGAACUGCGCGUUCAUCAAGUAUGUAAACCAGAAAAUGUGAAGCAAAUAUAUUAAUGUUUAUCGGUAA